CCGUAGUCAGUUGGGAUAGGCUCCAGCUUGCCUGCGACCCUGUAGAACAGGAUAAAGCGGCUAGAGAUAAUGAGAUGAGAUGAGAUGAGAUGAGAUGAGAUGAGAUGAGAUAGGCUCUGAGGACAAAACACUGCAAUAUGUGGCUCCAUUUUACACAUUAAUGCCUCCUCCACCUCCUGCACUCUGAGAGCAGCUCAAUCUCGCAGAUAGAAAGAAAUUCAUUGGUUCAAACAGCGGGAUGAACAGAUGAAGCCUAUCAUGAGUCUCUCGCUCCCUAAAAGCGACUCGACCGCUUCUCUCAUCAGAUCUUCCGCGGCGGACCGGAGAUCGCGAGCCCCGGACGAGCCGCUCUGGAGCCCCGAGAGCGACGCGAGCUCGCGCCGGCCGCUCUGCCACCCGGCGCUGCUGCUGCCGUCGCCACCGGACCGGAAGCGCGCGGCGGGGAAGAGCCAGCCCAAACUGCGUGACGAUGCACCGGAGCAGCCGGGCGCGAGCAGCGGCGGUGACGGUGGUGGGAAAGAACGCAAGACCUCCAGACACGCGCACCGACACCAUCACCAUCACCAUCACCAUAACAAUCACCACCACCAUCAUCACCAUCAUCACCAUCACCGGUCCGCGCGGGACGACCUGCCGCACGAGCCGCGCACCAGACAUGCUCACGGUGCUCGCGUGCCCAACCGGACUCGGUCUUUCUCCGAGGGCUCGGAAGAGACGGCCUCCACUUCUUCUUCCACCUCGCUCCUGUUCUUCCAGUCCCCCCGGACACACCAGCGGACAUCCGGCACCGGGGGACAAGCGCGCGACCCCGACCCGGGCUCGUGCUCACCGGCACCCGCAGCCUCCGCGAGCGCAGCAUCUUCCGACUCGGACGUGAAACUGCGGCCUAUUCUCAACUCCGUGUUCGGACAGGACCGAGAGCUGAGACCUGAAGAGAUUGAGGAACUCCGUGAAGCAUUUAAAGAGUUUGAUAAAGACAAGGAUGGCUUUAUCAGCUGUAAAGACCUGGGGAACUGUAUGAGGACGAUGGGCUACAUGCCCACUGAAAUGGAGCUGAUCGAACUGAGCCAACAGAUCAACAUGAACCUGGGAGGUCAUGUGGACUUCGAUGACUUUGUGGGACUGAUGGGACCGAAGCUUUUGGCAGAAACAGCCGAUAUGAUCGGAGUGAAGGAGCUCAGAAACGCUUUCAGGGAGUUUGACACUAAUGGUGAUGGAGAGAUCAGUACAAGUGAGCUGAGGGAAGCCAUGAGGAAACUGUUAGGCCACCAGGUGGGCCAUCGAGACCUGGAGGACAUUCUGAAAGAUAUCGAUCUGAACGGUGAUGGACGUGUCGACUUUGAGGAGUUUGUGCGCAUGAUGUCCCGAUGAAGGAGCCAAAACUUUUGCACAUUGCACACUAAACCCUGACCCCUUACUUCCUGCUGGCUGGAGGAGACGAGACGAGAUGAGAUGAGGAUCGUUAAAACGUUUAUCACGUGUGCAACUGAUUGAUAUGCAUUUGUUCUGAUCAUCCAAUCAGCGAUCGUCUGACAGGAAAGUACACGUGAAAACAUUUUAGCGCAGAUCUGAGAAUAACAACACUGUUGUAAAGAGAAGCUUUAAUGAGCCUGAAUUUUAAAAAAAUGAAAAACUGGAAGAAGAAAGCGCACACACACACACACACACACACACACACACACACACACACUGUAGCUGAGUGUUUCUGCACUUUUAAACCUGGUCUCAUGUCCAUCUAUGUCGUAGAGAACCAAAGCUCUCUCAUUAAUCACGGCAAUAUUGUGUCUGUCUUAAUUUGUCUUGUUUGUAUAUCAGUGUGAGUCUGAGUCGCUGAGGCCAUGUCCCAAACGCUAAUCGAAGUGCACUAGCGUUAGUUUAAAGUCGUACUCUGUGAUAGUUUAAUUUCACUCAUUACAUCUCCAGGAGGAUUAAAGUGUUUACACGCAAUAUUAAAGCUUGUUCAGAAGGAAACUUCUGCAUCACUGCCACUUUAUUCUUCAGAAAUCACAGAGUGUGCCUUUAAAGUCAGAGCUGUCCUGAUGUGUGACGUCACACCGCACUCCCCCUCCCCCCGCACACACUUCCUCCAGACUCUUAAAGGGACAGUGCAGACAAAAAUAAAAUGUCCACAAAGUUUCCCUUUAAUCCACGUGCACUCGAUCUUCUCCGAAGUUUGCAUCUUUAUCACGUCAUGUGUCUCGAUAGCACAACUUGUACAUAAACAAUCUCAGUAAAUAAUAUAUAAGAAAUAUACAUAAAAAAGUAACAAAAAGACAACCAGUUUACUACAAUUUAACAUUUUUACAGUAAUAAAGCGCCCCCUGGUGGUGGUGAUGAAGCGUAUACUGCAAUAUGUUUGUCUCUUUGCAUUUCUUGGUUUAUAGCUGCUAUAAGGAUUAGCAAAAUGUUCUGUUUUAAAGUUAAAGUUUUGUUUUUAUCAAUAUUGUUUUUUAAUGCUAGCGGGAUAUGAGCUAUGCUAAGUGCAUGUGCUUUAAACUUGUGUUAAUUAUUUGAUGUUUUUUUCUCAUAUAGCAUGAUGUUUAAAAAAAUGUAAACUUAUUACCACACCACUUUCUGAGGAAGGAAGUGAUUUUGAAGAUUUUUAGCUCCAACUGUAGAUUUACAUGUGCAGAUGUAAUGCACUAUUGUUACACUGCUGGCGAUGUGCUUCUGUUGCGUAUUAGCUACAGGAGCCUAUUAGCUCCAGUAAAAGAUGAAAGAAGCAAACAGCAAAAACCUACAACUUACAAAAAUAUAUACUGUAAAUCUUGAGAUAAAACUGUGGACGUUGAAUUUUUGGACAGACUGUUUCUUUAUUUCAUUCUUGCUGCUCCUGAGCAAAAUCAUUUGCGUCAUUUGGAUCAGACUUGACGUCAAUCUCUACUUUUAUUUCUUUACUAUCACCUAAUAGAUGUGGCAGUGCAGUUUUAAUCUGCAUUUCAAGCCGCUUUUAGUGCACACUUGUUAACUUCCCUGAACAACCCACCAGGAAGUGUGUCACCUAUGAUAUACGGAUUAGCAUAAAACCUUUGGUUGAAUUAUACAGUUGCACAAAAGUUUAGCAGUAUUAGCUAAUAAAGCCAAUUACCUAAACACAGUAAACACAGCAAUGCACUAAUGUUAGCCAGCUAGCUUGUCUCCAGCAGUAGCUAUCUCAUGUUACACAGCUAGCCACGUUCAUAAGCAAGCAGGCUAACAUUAGCUAAACUACAACAUUGUGCAGCUAAACCAGUCAUUUAAACCUGUGCUAAGCAGGACGUUCAGUGAUACAUGUGGAAAAAAGGCCGAUUGUGAUGUCAUAUGAUCAAGUUUGUGAUUGGCCAAGUAAGUUUAACUGAAGCUCCGCCCUUACUGAUAAAUGGAAUUGUGUCAUUCAGGAAAAUCCAAAUACGAGUGUGUGGCUUGAGAACAAUGUAGCCAAAGCCAUGUUCAUGUCAUCAAAUGUUUUGAACAUGCGCCAUUUUGAAAGGGAAACUGUCAGAAAUUGCAGUAAAGACUUCUGGGUACAUUGUUCUCCUAAAGCCUAGAGACUUGACCCUUCACACACACUUCAGUUGAGGUAAUAAAGCUGGAGGACAAAUGAAUUUAACCGAGGGGAAGUGAACAAGGGAAGCAGUAUUGGAAUACAGCCUUUAUUCUCCAGUGAACGCAUCACUGAGACAUUUCCUGCAUAAAAUAAAAUGAUAAAACAACUCUGAACCUUGAACACAGUGUGUGUGUGUGUGUGUGUGUGUGUGUGUGUGUGUGUCUGGUGAGAUGUCAUUAUGUUGUUUUGUCUUUAUCGUCAUUUGAACGUUGAUGUUUUGUCAUUUUGAUGUGAUGACGUUUUGUUGUUAUCUCGUCACGUGUUUGUCGUAGAAGUGCAAUCUGUUUAAUUUCCCGCAUGCCAAAAAAACACCUCUGCACUCAUGAUGUAACAUCGUGAUUUUAAUAAA